AUGGCUGCUGAAAAUGUCCAAGCUGUUGAUCUGGCUCAACUUCCAGUGCCUCAGUUAAAUCAGCUGCGCACACAAUUCGAAGAGGAGGAGCAAAUGCUUACUCAGUCACUUGCUCAACUGAAAGGUGUUCAGUCCCGCUUCAUGGAAUCUCAAGAGAGUGUCCUAAAGCUUUCCAAGAAAGAAGUUGGUAAAGAUGUCUUGGUGCCCCUGACAAGUUCAAUGUAUGUACCUGGUCAGCUUGCUAACAUUGAAAAAGUUUUAAUUGACAUUGGUACUGGCUAUCAUGUUAAAAUGACCAUUCCUGAAGCCAAAGGGUAUUUCACAAGAAUUACUGAAUACAUUACAAAGAAGAUGGAAGUUGUUCAAAAGAAUUUGAUUGAAAAGGACAAGCUGAGACAGGUUACCACCGAAAUCCUGCAGUUGAAGAUACAAGCUCAGGCUCAGCAACAAACUGCACAGCAGGCAUAA